AAAACUUUUAAAUUAAACUGGAUAAAAACAGUGAUUUUAUGGUAAAUAAAUAGGAUGAUAACAUAAAGGAAGUGGUAAUUAUAGGACAAGCAGCUACCAAAAUAAAACUAAUUCAAUAAAAAUUAUUAAUUAAUCCAGUCUGUUUCAAAAAAUAAUAAAGUAUAGUAGUUUUAUAACAUCUAACAACAGGUUGCUCUACAAGUGUACAUCCAGGCCAUCUUGUGCCAGUCGCAGCUAUAAGGACAUCAUCACUCCUCCAGCCUGACGCCUCAACCAACCAACCGGAAGCGCGCAUUGAUUUCUCCACAGCGAGCAAAAAGAAUCAAAGGAGCGUUUAUUAUUAAAUGAUACAAUCCGUCAAACAAACCUUCCAACGGGAUUCUAACACAAAAAGAGACGUUCCAUUCUGGAAUUGACGGUCUAUCCGCUACAAUAAGGGAUAACAUUCUGUUUAUUUUCGGAUAUGGGAUCUACCUUCAGGGUCCUCACCUGCUGGGCACCGUGAUGGUGCUCCCCGCCCCAGCUGAGCCCCUCGCUGCCCUCUGAAGGAGCAGGAUGACAAGAUGGCACAGCUGCUUGUACCGCCCGGACCUGACAGCUUCCACCCCUUCGUCCCAGAGUCGCUGGCCGCCAUCGAGAGGCGCAUCGCCGACGAGGAGGCCCGGAAACCGCGGGCGGAGCGCCGCGUCGACAGCGACGAUGAAAACGGGCCCAAGCCCAACAGCGACCUGGAGGCGGGGAAAUCCCUCCCCUUCAUCUAUGGGGACACUCCUCCCCGCCUGGUGUCCACCCCUCUGGAGGACUUGGACACCUUCUACAGCAAUCAGAAGACCUUCAUAGUAUUGAAUCGCGGGAAGGCAAUCUUCCGUUUCAACGCCACUCCUGCCUUGUACAUCUUAAGCCCCUUCAACCCUCUAAGGAGGGUAGCUAUUAGAGUUUUAGUACACUCGAUGUUCAGCAUGUUGAUCAUGUUCACCAUCCUGACCAACUGUGCUUUCAUGACCCUCAGUAAUCCGCCGGAAUGGGCCAAGAAUGUAGAGUACACAUUCACAGGGAUUUACACCUUCGAGUCCCUUAUAAAGAUCCUGGCCAGGGGCUUCUGCGUGGGGAAGUUCACUUUCCUGCGGGACCCGUGGAACUGGCUGGAUUUCAGUGUUAUCCUCAUGGCAUAUGUCACAGAGUUUGUGGACCUGGGCAAUGUCUCAGCACUGCGAACCUUCAGGGUUCUGCGAGCCUUGAAAACUAUAUCAGUCAUCCCAGGCCUGAAGACCAUCGUGGGCGCACUGAUCCAGUCGGUGAAAAAGCUGUCGGACGUCAUGAUCCUCACCGUGUUCUGCCUCAGCGUCUUCGCCCUCAUCGGCCUGCAGCUCUUCAUGGGCAACCUGAGGCAGAAGUGCGUGCGCACGCCAAUCGGCAACAACGCCACCAACAGCAGCAACAUCACCGCAUACGCCGACGACAACGCCAUGUUCUUCAACAACACCCUGCUGGAACUGAACCUCACGCAGAACGACACGGAGAGCUCAUUCAACUGGACGGAAUACAUCAACGACGAUAGAAACUACUAUUUCCUCCCUGGCCGUAGGGAUGCUCUGCUCUGUGGGAACGGCAGCGGCGCCGGGCUCUGUCCGGAGGGCUUCACAUGCAUCAAAGCCGGUCGUAACCCGGACUACGACUACACCAGCUUCGACUCCUUCAGCUGGGCGUUCCUCUCCCUGUUCCGAUUAAUGACCCAGGACUAUUGGGAAAACCUCUACCAGCAGACUUUGCGCGCGGCGGGGAAACCCUACAUGAUCUUCUUCGUGCUGGUGAUCUUCCUGGGCUCCUUCUACCUGGUCAACCUGAUCCUGGCCGUGGUGGCCAUGGCGUACGACGAGCAGAACCAGGCGACCAUCGAGGAGGCCCAGCAGAAGGAGGAGGAGUUCCAGGCCAUGCUGGAGCAGCUGAAGAGGCAGCAGGAGGAGGCACAGGUUGCCGCGGCAGCAGCCACGGAGAGCGGGGAGUACAGCGGGAGAGGGGGCCCCACCUCCGAGUCGUCCUCGGGGACGUCUAAGCUCAGCUCGAAGAGCGCCAAGGAGCGACGCAACAGGCGGAAGAAGAGGAAGCAGAGGGAGGAGGAGGAGGGGAGGGGGGGCCGCGAUAAGUUCCACAAGUCGGAGUCGGAGGACAGCAUCAAGAGGACGAGCUUCCGCUUCUCCAUAGACGCCAACAGGCUCUCUUAUGAGAAGAGAUGCUCCUCACCCAACCAGUCCCUCCUCAGUAUCCGCGGAUCCCUCUUCUCACCUCGGAGGAACAGCCGCGCCAGCUUGUUCAGCUUUCGCGGCCGAGCGCGCGACAUGGGCUCCGAGAACGACUUCGCCGACGACGAGCACAGCACCUUCGAGGAGAGCGACAGCCGCCGGGGCUCCCUGUUCCUGCCGCGCCGCCUCGAGCGCCGCUGCAGCGCCGUCAGCCAGACCAGCCUCGGGGCGCCGCGGGUCAUGCUGCCCGCCAACGGCAAGAUGCACUGCGCCGUGGACUGCAACGGCGUGGUGUCUCUGGUCGGUGGAACUUCUGUAACAACCUCCCCUGUAGGUCUCCUGCUGCCUGAGGGGACAACUACAGAUACUGAGCUCAAGAGACGGCGGUCAGGUUUUCACCAGCCAUCCAUGGAUUAUUUAGAUGAACCAGUGGCCAGGCAGAGAGCCAUGAGUGUGGCCAGUAUCCUCACCAACACCAUGGAAGAGCUUGAAGAGUCGAGACAGAAAUGCCCCCCCUGCUGGUACAGAUUCGCCAACAACGCUCUGAUCUGGGACUGUUGCCCCCAGUGGCUGAAAAUCAAGGACAUCGUCUUGCAGGUGGUCAUGGACCCAUUCGUGGAUCUGGCCAUCACCAUUUGCAUCGUCCUCAACACCCUCUUCAUGGCCAUGGAGCAUUACCCCAUGACUAAAGAAUUCGAUAACGUACUCUCAGUUGGAAACCUGGUGUUCACAGGCAUCUUCACCGCAGAGAUGUGCUUCAAGAUCAUCGCCCUGGAUCCCUACUACUACUUCCAGGAGGGCUGGAACAUCUUCGAUGGCAUCAUCGUCAGCCUGAGUCUGAUGGAGCUCGGUUUAGCCAACGUAGAAGGCCUGUCUGUGCUCAGGUCCUUCAGAUUGCUGAGGGUCUUCAAACUGGCCAAGUCAUGGCCCACUUUGAACAUGCUGAUCAAGAUCAUCGGGAACUCCGUGGGGGCUCUGGGCAACUUGACCCUGGUGCUGGCCAUCAUCGUCUUCAUCUUCGCCGUGGUGGGCAUGCAGCUGUUCGGCAAGAGCUACAAGGAGUGCGUGUGCAAGAUUUCCGAUGACUGUCAGCUGCCCCGCUGGCACAUGCACGAUUUCUUCCACUCCUUCCUCAUCGUGUUCCGGGUGCUGUGCGGCGAGUGGAUCGAGACCAUGUGGGACUGCAUGGAGGUGGCUGGACAGUCCAUGUGCCUGAUAGUCUUCAUGAUGGUCAUGGUCAUUGGAAACCUGGUGGUUUUAAACCUGUUCCUGGCUCUCCUCCUGAGCUCCUUCAGCGCCGACAACCUGGCAGCAACCGACGAAGACAGCGAGAUGAACAACCUGCAGAUCGCCGUGGGCCGGAUCCAGCGGGGCUUCGCGUUCAUCAAGUCCACCUUGCGGCAGUUCCUCCGGAGCAUCUGCUUCGGCGGGGGCGGUAAGGGCUCCGGCCUGGCCGAGGAGAGCAAACCCCUGGAUGAACUGCACAGCAACGGCAAGGGCAACUGCAUCUCCAACCACACGUCGGUGGAGAUCACCAAAGACCCCACUGUGGUGUACAUGACCGAGGGCAACGGACGGCCAGGAGGAGGGCUGGUGGUCGGGGUCGGGGUUGGUGUUGGUGUUGUGGUUGGUGGGGACACUACAGAGAAGUACCCGAUGGAGGAAUGCGACUACAUGUCAUUCAUUCAUAACCCCACCCUGACAGUCACGGUGCCCAUCGCCGUGGGCGAGUCGGACUUCGAGAACCUAAACACAGAAGAUUUCAGCAGCGACUCGUCGGACGUGGAGGGCAGCAAAGAGUCUUCUUCCUCAUCCAUGCAGAAGAUCGAUGUAGAGCCCCAGCGUCUGAGCUCAUCAGAGGGGAGCACAGUCGAUAUGCGCCCCCCAGGAGACGGGGUGGAUUCAGUGGAGAUGGAGCCGGAGGAGUCCAUGGAACCAGAGGCCUGCUUCACAGAGGGCUGUGUGAGCAGGUUCCAGUGCUGCCAGAUCAACGAGGACGAAGAGCAUUUUAAGACCUGGUGGAACCUCAGGAAAACCUGCUUCAUCAUAGUGGAGCACAACUGGUUUGAAUCCUUCAUCAUAUUCAUGAUCCUGCUCAGCAGUGGAGCACUGGCGUUUGAGGACAUUUACAUCGAGCAGCGGAAGACCAUCAAAACCGUGCUGGAGUACGCAGACAAGAUCUUCACUUACAUCUUCAUCCUGGAGAUGCUGUUGAAGUGGGUGGCAUACGGCUUUGUCAAGUAUUUCACCAACGCCUGGUGCUGGCUGGACUUCCUCAUUGUAGACGUGUCCCUGGUCAGCCUCGUGGCCAACGCUUUGGGCUACUCUGAGCUCACCGCCAUCAAGUCUCUGAGGACGCUGCGAGCCCUGCGGCCCCUGAGGGCCCUGUCUCGGUUUGAGGGCAUGAGGUCAAAACAAAAUGUUGUGACUUCAUCCCGCCUCUCUAAGGUCGUGGUGAACGCGCUGCUGGGGGCCAUCCCUUCCAUCAUGAACGUGCUGUUGGUCUGUCUCAUCUUCUGGCUUAUCUUCAGCAUCAUGGGCGUCAACCUGUUCGCGGGGAAGUACUAUUACUGCGUCAACACCACCAACGACGAGGUCUUCCCCAUCGACGUCGUCAACAACAAGUCCGACUGCCUGAACCUGGUCAACGACAGCGCCCGCUGGAAGAACGUCAAAAUCAACUUCGACAACGUCGGGGCUGGCUAUCUGGCUCUGUUGCAAGUGGCAACAUUUAAGGGUUGGAUGGACAUCAUGUACGCAGCCGUGGACUCUCGAAAUUUGGAGGACCAGCCUGAAUACGAAGUGAACUUGUACAUGUACCUCUACUUUGUCAUCUUCAUCAUCUUCGGCUCCUUCUUCACCCUCAACCUGUUCAUCGGCGUCAUCAUCGACAACUUCAACCAGCAGAAGAAGAAGUUUGGAGGUCAGGACAUCUUCAUGACGGAAGAGCAGAAGAAAUACUACAACGCCAUGAAGAAGCUGGGCUCCAAGAAACCACAGAAACCUAUACCUCGGCCAGCAAAUGCAUUUCAAGGCUGCGUGUUCGACUGCAUCACGAAGCAAGCCUUCGACAUCGUGAUCAUGAUCCUCAUCUGCCUUAACAUGGUGACCAUGAUGGUGGAGACGGACGACCAGACGGAGGACAUGGACAAAAUCCUCUACCGGAUCAACCUGGUCUUCAUCGUGCUCUUCACCGGGGAGUGCAUGCUCAAGAUGAUCUCUCUGCGUCACUAUUACUUCACCAUCGGUUGGAAUAUAUUUGACUUUGUGGUGGUGAUCCUGUCCAUCGUAGGGAUGUUUUUAUCGGAAGUUAUCGAGAAGUACUUUGUGUCCCCGACGCUGUUCCGAGUGAUCCGCCUUGCCAGGAUAGGACGCAUCCUCCGCCUUAUCAAAGGUGCCAAAGGCAUCCGGACGCUCCUCUUUGCCUUGAUGAUGUCGCUCCCCGCUUUGUUCAACAUCGGACUCCUUCUCUUCUUGGUCAUGUUCAUCUACGCCAUCUUCGGCAUGUCCAACUUUGCCUACGUCAAGCGGGAAGCGGGGAUCGACGACAUGUUCAACUUCGAGACGUUCGGGAACAGCAUGAUCUGUUUGUUCCAGAUCACCACGUCGGGCGGUUGGGACGGUCUGCUCGCGCCAAUACUCAACAAGCGCGAGCCCGACUGCGACAGCAAGUUGGAGCACCCGGGCAACAACUACAAAGGCAACUGCGGCAACCCGUCGGUGGGCAUCUUCUUCUUCGUCAGCUACAUCAUCAUCUGCUUCCUCAUCGUGGUCAACAUGUACAUCGCCGUCAUCCUGGAGAACUUCAGCGUGGCCACGGAGGAGAGCGCCGAGCCGCUGAGCGAGGACGACUUCGAGAUGUUCUACGAAGUGUGGGAGCGCUUCGACCCCGACGCCACGCAGUUCAUGGUGUACAGCAAGCUCUCGGACUUCGCGGACGCUCUAGAUCCGCCGCUGCGCAUUCCCAAGCCCAACAUGCUCCAGCUCAUCUCCAUGGACCUGCCGAUGGUGAGCGGCGAGCGCAUCCACUGCCUCGACAUCCUGUUCGCCUUCACCAAGCGGGUGCUGGGCGAGAGCGGCGAGAUGGACGUGUUGCGCGGGCAGAUGGAGGAGCGCUUCAUGGCGUCCAACCCGUCCAAGGUGUCUUACGAGCCCAUCACCACCACGCUCCGCCGCAAACAGGAGGACAUGGCGGCGGUGAUCAUCCAGAGGGCCUUCCGGCGCUACCUGAUCCGCCUGGCGAUGAAGAAGGCCUCAGCGCUCUACAAGGAGAAGCUGAAGGAGGGCAUCCGCGACCCCGACAAGGACGUCAUGGUCAUCAGCAAGUUCAACGAGAAGUCCACGUCGGACAAAACGGACAUGACGCCCUCCACGGCCUCCCCGCCGUCCUACAACAGCGUGACGAAAUCGGACAAGGACAAAUACGAGAAAGAAAAUAGGGAAAAGGAAAACAAAGGGAAAGACAGAAAGAAAUAGACUUUUUAAAUAGGAACAAAAUGCAUCAGAGACAUGAGGGAAAUUUGUUUACAGCUUCUAAUGGGGGUAGAUAGAUGUACGCUUGUGUGUUAAGAGUUGAGGAACGCUACACCAGGUAGGCCUGAAACGGGAGUGUGGUUCUGUCAUAUGUGAAUACGUGGAGUCUUCUCAGAGGUGGAAACAAAUGAUCCAGCAGACACUGCCAGAGAUCGACCGGAACACGGGAAAGCCUCUCUGCAAAACGCUUGUGAUUUUCCUAUUGGUUGUUGUUACUAUCUGACACACUUGAGUGUACCGUUAAGUUGUCUGUAGCUAGUGCUGCUGCUACUACUAUAAAUCCAGUGUCUUGAAUUUAACGAUCGCUGUAUCACUUAAAAAAAUACUCUGCAUUUUUUUCUUUUUGCUCUUUUUUUUUAUGAGAAGGAAUGUUUUCUACUUUUUUGGUUUUAUUAUUAUUAUUGUGAGAAUGUGUCCACUGCUUUCACUGUUGUAAAAAUCACCAAGGGCAGACAAAGUCAAUGCUGGAAAACUACACGACAAGCAUCCGAAGCUCUCGGUUCACACAGUAUAUACGAAGCUGAAACAAAAAGCGCACCGCUGAAAUGCAAUGGACAAACACAUUGUGUUCACUGAUGUGCCAUCAGUGACUGUUGAAAUCUGUAUUGUGCUCCUAUCUGGGCUGCCAUCUCCCCCUGUCUCAAUAGAAAACACACAAGUCUCUGAGUACAGAGAAGCUGAAUGUAUGCAAGGAGUGGACACGUUUCAAGAAAUUGUUUGACGUUUUGGGAAAGUUGCUAUUAUCCAACGAGUUAAGGCCUUUACACACCGGGGGCGUGAUGGAUAAACACGAAAAUGCAAAAUACUCGCCCGUGAAUAUUAUACGUCAUGGGCAUUUAUUGUGAAAGGUGAGAACGGAAGGAGUGGAUCUGGUCCAUCAAGGUUGAAAGUUUGCCGUCUUGGUGCAGACUACGGAGCCUCUGUGAUCUUGUUUUCCGUGUUCCGCACAAUGUGAUUGGUUGAUGCCUUUAUUCGCGGUGCGAAAGCUCAGAAAAUCGAUCUCGUUCCGAAAUUGUUCUGUGUCAAAGUACUCAUGACUAAAACAACAGUUCGAAAAAAUAUAUUGAAGUGCAAAUUAAUUGGACCAAAAAAAAAAAAAAAAGGUGUGUAAAGACCUUAAGAUGAGAAGAUCGAUACCAUGCUCAUAUCUGUCCUUUCAAAUUCUAAAGUUGCUGGUCUACCGCUGCAUCGAUCGGUUAGUUUGUUUGUGUUAUUGUGUGACUUUCAGAGCGUCCACGGCAGUACAUUGCUUAACUGAAAGAACGGCCAAGUUACUGCAGGUAAUACACACCCAAUGGAUAUAUCUAUAUUUAUCGUUUUUCUGUCAAAUAGUUGAUUUCUUAAGUAAGUAUUCUGUAUGUAAGGAUAAUGUACAGCUAGUGGGUCGUUGUGAAAGAAACUCCUCCGUCGGGAUCCACGGUGCGGCAUCGCCCUGUCGAGGUUUCUUUCACAACAAUGACCAACUCGCUGUACAUUAUCCCAUACAUGUAUAUCAGGUCAGGUCACGUGGGAAAGAAGUUUUUAGAAGGGCUUGGGAAAUGACCAUUUUGACGCUAAAACAUACAGACCAAAAUUUGAAUGUUCCGCAUUUAAAUAAACUGAAAUGUACAAAAGCGACAAGUUGCCGUGUUACCGGGAUUCUUAAACAUGUAAAACACACACAGGUUGUGCCGUAGGAUUACUGACGCUGUGUACGGAUACAGAGAUGAGCUGCUGUGAUUAAAGGCUUCCUUUUUUUCACAGCAGACAUUUUGGCAUGUCAUUACAGGAAGGAAGCUAACGACUGCAUUGCAUUCAGGUGAGCUAGUUCCAUGGUCCUGGUACUGAGCCACGAAAUGUCAUGACAAGUCAACAUGUCUGCUGUGAAAAAGGUAUGUUGCAUUCUUCUUCUUCUCACAAAAUGUAGCUCUUUCAGUAGUAUUUUUAACUCUAGUUGGAGUGAACCAGGCUAGCUGUUUCCCCCCUGAUACCACAUGCUAAAACCAGCUAAUCCCGGCUGUAGCUCCACAGUUAACUAAUGGACAGACACGAGAAUGGUAUCAAUCUUCUCGUCUACCUCUUGGCAAAAAAAGCAAAGGAAUUCCCGCAAACGUCACAACUAUUCCUUUAAGGUGACACUCGCAUCUCCUCGUUCCUCCGCUGUCGUAUUGCAGUGUCUCCUCCCAACACAUUUGUUUCCCCCCCUUUUCUCCUCCCGGAGCUCUUGUAAAGAAAAAACAUAUACUUAAAAAGGAGAAUCUUUCUAACUGCUCUAGAUCAAUAUAUCCCGUUACAAUAUCACAAAUGUUUGUAUGUUGUUUAAAUUGAGAAGCGAGUGGUUUUAAUGUAGUGGUUUUGGUUUGUAAAUAAUAUAGCUAUCUGGGCCCACAGUAUGCAUCACACUUACAUUUUGAUGUAAGAGCACUUUUUAUCCCCACUGCUAUGUAAUUCCACGUGUGGCGGUCACUCAUAUAAGUGUGUGUGUGUGUUUGUAAGAACGGGAGAAUGUAAUCUCUUUACGUGAGCGAGUGUGGGUCUGCGGGUUGCUUUCGUUCCGAUUAUAAAUAACAUUUUUACUGUAGAUAUGAGUGCAUUUUUUUCCAGAUUUUUUUCUAGAACUUUUUCUUUUCUGCACUGUAACACACGACGGUCCCCCCAUAUCUGUAGAUAGACACCAUGAAGCAAUCAGUAGCCAUCUCUCAUUGCGCUUGUAGUGUUUUAGUGAACUGCAUGCAAGAAGUGACUACUGUCCGCUCAUAUGGUAAUAUAAUUUCAAAGCCAAAAGAAUAAAGGACAUAUUUUUUGUAAA